AGAAAACUGUAGAGAAGUGCCCAGAGAUAGAUUUCCUUGUCUUCCUCCUUUCCUCCCCCUCUCCUCUCCUUUCCCUUUCUCUUUCAUUCCUUGUUUCUGCUUUGCUUUCUUCUCUCUCUGGCUUUCGCCUUCUCUGUCUCGGGGAGAGGAGACGAAAGAAAGGAAGGAAUUCAUGAGUGAAAAGUAGGUCUGGUGACUGGUGGCCAUUUAUUAAAUGGAGAUCGACAGCAUGAGCAGGCAGCAGCAGCAGCAGUAAGAGCCGCGCGGGAAGCAGGGAAAGAGUUGCAGUUUCCAUGGCGGCGUUUGCAGAGCAGCUCUAAUUCCGUGCCAUUAUUGCUCCCUGCUACCACAAUUCAACUCACUCACACUCUCUCCCCAAAAAAAAUAUAUAUCAAAAUUCAAUUUCUCCUCUCCUCCUCUUCUGUCCUUCCUUCUCUCUAUCACUACUACUACUUCAACUGUUAGUUCUGCAACUUCUUUCUCUGUUUCUCUCUAUCUACCCUAAUAACCUGAAAUUCGCAAGUAGAGCCAGCUUGAUUAGGUUUUCCAUUUAUUUUGGCUGAGAAAUUAGGAUGAUAGGCUGAAAUUCUGAUCCAGAAACGGCGCCGUUUCUUUCUGCUAUGGAUUUGGGGAGAAAUUCGGGUUUGGAUUUAGGUAAGAGAUGGCAGGGUGGUUCUAUCUAAGCGGAAGAGACACAGUCAUAUCAUCAGCAGCGGCGGCAGCAGCGGCAGCGGCAAGUAAUAAAAGAGAAGAGGAUAGAGACGACAACAGCUUGUUUCUGUUUCGAGACGAAGAGAUCCACAACAACAGCAGCGGCGGCGCAAACGCAGCCACGGCAGGCGGCGGCGGCGGGGGAGGAGGACACAGAGGGUUCGGUUUCGAGAUAUGGCCGCAGUACUACCAGCAGCAGCACCAGGCCGGAAUCUACGCAGCGGCGGCGUCGACGUUUGGGGCCGGGACGAGCCGGAGCUCUGAUGAUUCUUCUAGAUCGGGCGGCGGCGGAGGGAUCAUGAUGCGGUCAGGCGGCGGCGGCGGAGGAUCGGGAGGAGGGAUUAACUGUCAGGAUUGUGGCAAUCAAGCCAAGAAGGAUUGUACGCACAUGAGGUGCCGAACCUGCUGCAAGAGCCGCGGGUUCCAGUGCUCGACCCACGUGAAAUCCACGUGGGUCCCUGCUGCCAAGCGCCGCGAGCGCCAGCACCAGCUCGCGGCGCUUCAGCAGCAGGAUCCGGCUCAGCCAUUCCGCGGCGAGGUUCCCAAGCGGCUGAGAGAGAGCAGCUCGUCGCGCUUGGCGACCGGCACCGGUUCAGGGUUGGAAGUGGGAGGGCAUUUUCCGAGCGAGGUGAACUCGUCGGCGGUGUUCCGGUGCGUGAAGGUGAGCUCCAUCGACGAUGCGGAAGAGCAGACGGCGUAUCAGACGGCGGUGAACAUAGGUGGACACUUAUUCAAGGGAAUUCUGUACGAUCAAGGCCCUGAUCAUCAUCAUCACCAUUCAUCUCGUUACGGUGGAGAGAGCUCUUCCGGCGGCGGAGGAGGAGGGCAGCCUUUGCAUCUGAUAACGGCGGGGACGAGCGGCGGAGGAGGAGGAGGAGGCACAGCCGGGGCGGGAACGAGCGGUGGCGGUGGUGAUCAGGCAGGCAACCCGGCUGCUUCCGGGUCGAUGAUGGAUCCGGCUUCUCUAUACCCGGCUCCGCUCAAUGCGUUCAUUGCCGGUACGCAAUUCUUCCCACCCCCAAGGUAGAGUAAAAUGAGGAAGACAUAGAAGCGCAAAUUUGUUGUGAGGCAGGCGGCUAAUUGUUUAGAGCAGGGUUUCUCUUCUUUCAAAAAUGACCUCUUUAGCUUUAGCUAGUUAGCUAGCGAGAGUACGUAGUGUAAUAUUAAUGUUGCAUUGGUGCAAUUCUUAACCCAACACUGAGACACCAGUUAUCUC